AUGUUAAUCUUAUCUCAAGAAAGUGGAACAGGUUUUAUAACCACUUGUUCUAAAUCAGGAGUUGUCGCAUUAACAUUUGAUGAUGGACCAGGACCAUAUACCAAUAUUUUACUUGAUUAUUUAUCAAAGAAAAAAAUAAAAGCAACAUUUUUUGUAGUAGGAAUUACAAUUAAAGAAUACCCAGAUGUAUUAAAAAGAAUUUUUAGAGAUGGUCAUCAAAUAGGAUUACAUACAAAUACACAUCCACAUUUGAAUGAAUUGUCGUACGAACAACAGAAAGAUGAAAUUAUUCAAGUGAAUAAUACUAUAUAUGAAGUUGUUGGUGUAGUUCCGAAUUAUAUGAGACCACCAUUUGGAGAAUGUAAUGAACAUUGUGGUGAACUAAUGAAAUCAUUGGGUUUAACAGUAACGCAAUGGAAUUUGGAUUCAGGCGAUUGGAGAUACGAACUCUUAACCUCAGAAGAACAAAGAUAUAGAAUAUUAAAUAACAUUCUUUCAAAAUUAUUACCAUCAAAUUCAAAAAUUGAUAGUUUCAUUACGUUACAACAUGAUACUUAUAGGUAUAGUGUCGAAAUUGUACCAAAGAUAGUCGAAGAAUUUGAAAAGAAAGGAUACGCAUUUAAAACGGUUGCAGAAUGUUUAGGGAAUAAAGUAUUACCUUAUAAGUGUGAAGGUAAUAAGAAUUUGACAACGAAAAAUAGGAAAAUGAAUAAUACAGGUACGAAUAAUAUGAAGAGUAAUUCGAAGAAUAAUAUGAAUAAUAAUAUAAAUAAUAACACGAAGAAUAAUACAAUGAGUAAAACAGGUGGUGGAAAAAAUGUUACCUCUGGAUCAGCUCCAGGAUCCUCCAAUAAUAGGAUUUUUAUCGGAAUUUCGAUAUUUAAUGCCAUAAUUUUUGGAUUAUUAAGUGUUGAUGGUUGA